AUGGGAGAUGUGAGAGAGUGUGGUCUUAAGGAUGAUGUUGAUUUCAGAGCUUGUGUCGUGUUAACAUCAUUAGACGGUGCUCGAGCUUCUGGUGAAGGGCAUUUAGUUGGAGCUGCUCGACAUCCAUUUACCUGUCUUGCGUUCAGUUCAUGUGGACGCUACAUAGCUACCGGAGAGUCUGGUCACCAGCCCCACGUUCGAGUAUGGGAGCUUCGUGACGAUGUGGGAAAUUUCACAGGGCAGUCGAUUCGGAGUUUUCCCUUCCACUCCAAUUCCAUAGUUGCCGUUCGGUUUGUGCCUGGUACCAAUCUGCUUAUAUCCGUUGGAUGUCAGCAUGAUGCCACCAUAUGUGUUUGGGAUUGGCGAAGUGGAACGAAGUUAGCCACCGGGAAAGUCACAGCUGUUGUAAAUGCCAUAGCGAUCUCUCCCGACAACACGAUGUGCGUAACUGUUGGUUCGAAACAUGUGAAAUAUUGGCAUCUUCCUGCUGGUGAUUCGCAACAAGGCGCCGGUUUACAGUCACGCUCUGCGAUUCUUGCCGAUCGGAGAAGUUCGAUAUUUGUGGAUGUCGUUUUCUUAGACGCGAAUCGAGUUCUGUCAGUUACGGAGGAUGGAGCACUAGUAGAGUUCCUCAAUAAGAAGGUAAUACCUAAAUAUUUGAUUCAGAAAGUGUAUCUUGCUCUGAAGGGGUCAUGA